UAAGUUAUAGGUUAGACCGUGUCCGAUGUCCGAUACUCCGAUCUCCGAUAGCACUCUGCUUCCUGCCUACGUUUUGUAACCUGCGAAACGUGUAUUUGUAUUAACUAAAUAUAUUGUAGCAGUUACAGUUAAUUUCGACAGAAUGGCAGCGGCUAUGCGACAAAACAUCGUUGAUAUGCUUAAAGGCAUCGAAAGAUACAACCCAGAGAAUCUGGUAACCCUGGAAAAAUAUGUUGAGAUCCAAGCACGUGAAAAUGCUUAUGAUCUUGAAGCUAAUCUCGCAGUUCUGAAGCUGUAUCAAUUAAAUCCACAGAGAUUUAACAUUGAUAUUACUUGUCAGAUUCUGCUCAAGGCCCUGACAAAUUUGCCACACACCGACUUUGUUCUGUGUAAAUGCUUGCUCAGUGAAAAAAUUAUGCAAGAAGAUUCCAUCAAUCAAAUAAUGUAUCUUGCUGACAUACUAGAACAAUGCGAUUUUCAAAUAUUUUGGGACAGAGUUGUAACUUUGGGCGACAUUUGCGGCAGAAUAGUGGGUUUCGAAGAUUCUAUAAGAAAAUUUGUUUGCCACGUUGUUGGCAUUACUUUCCAAACGAUAGAUAAAAAUCUAUUGUCUCAACUCCUCGGACGUGUUGAUGACAAUACGCUGAAACACUGGGUGAAAAAAUACGGAUGGAAAGAGGAGAACAAAUCGGUCAUUUUCAUAGCUAAUCAGGACGAGAAUAUCAAGACAAAAAACAUUACAGAAAAAAUUGAGUUUGAAAAUGUUGCUGGCCUCAUGGCUUCGUGCUUGUAAUCACUUUCAUAAUAAAAAUUCCAAUGAUACAUUUCUAAA